UUGGUUGUGGAGGUUUGAUGGAUCAGUGAAUAAAGAUCCACUUUUCUGUGGAGCUCCGGACCUCAAGCAGAACCUCAGAAUGAGACCAUGCAGAACCGUCUCCUUCAGGCGCGCCGGCGAGGAUCUCAGAGGAAUUCAGAGAAAAGUUCAAAGCCUCAGGCGGCAUUUUUUAACCUGGAAGUUUCCCAGAGAACUCUGACUGUUAGAACUUGUUCUUCUACUGGAGAAAAGAGGAAGUGUCUGUGGGAGGAGCUUCAGAGACUCCUCCUCCUCUCUGGGGUUGCGGUUCGGGUCAUGUUCAAACCUCCAGGCGGCAAAGAUCAGCUCAGAUGAGGCGUUCACUGACGGCGGGAAAGAGGAAACUCACCUGAAAGUUUUGCUCAAAGACAGACGAGUUUUCAAAAUGAAGCAAAAACGAUGAAAACGUUCAGAAAGUCAAACCCUGACCUCUGACCCCCGACCUCAGGACACUCGGCCAGGAUGCGUGAAUACAAGCUGGUGGUUUUAGGAUCGGGAGGCGUCGGGAAGUCAGCGCUGACGGUCCAGUUUGUUCAGGGAAUCUUCGUGGAGAAGUACGACCCGACGAUAGAGGACUCCUACAGGAAGCAAGUGGAGAUUGAUGGACAGCAGUGCAUGCUGGAGAUCCUCGACACAGCAGGAACAGAGCAGUUCACCGCCAUGAGAGACCUGUACAUGAAGAACGGCCAGGGCUUCGCUCUGGUUUACUCCAUCACAGCUCAGUCCACCUUCAACGACCUCCAGGACCUCCGAGAGCAGAUCCUCAGAGUGAAGGACACGGAGGACGUUCCCAUGAUCCUGGUUGGAAACAAAUGUGACCUGGAGGUGGAGCGCGUCGUAGCCAAAGAGUCGGGGAUCGGCCUCGCCCGCCAGUGGAACUCUUGUGCCUUUCUGGAGACUUCGGCCAAGAGCAAGAUCAACGUCAACGAGAUCUUCUACGAUCUGGUCCGGCAGAUCAACAAAAAGAGUCCGGUUCCGGGAAAGACCCGUAAAAAGUCCACCUGCCACCUCCUCUAAUGACAGUGUUCUCUUCAUUCAAACAACAAACCAACCAAUCACAGGAUAUCUUCCAGCUAGCCACGCCCCUUUAACAGGAUGGUGUCAUCAUCAGCAUCUCCUCCCGCCGUGCCGCCCCACCGCUGCCUCGGACGGUGGCGGCGAAAUGACGAUGAUUAGGGAUUGUGGCCCAGAUUCAAACUGCAUUUCCCAUCAUGCUCUCCUGAGCCGGAGAGAAACCUCUUUCUUUUUGGUUUUAAAUGUUCUUUUUUUUUUCCUGCUGCAGCGUUCGCCAUGUGAGCGCCGCAGUUACCAUGGUAACGGCAUGGUGUGGUCACACCUGUGGAUUCUUAUCAGUGAUUAUGAUUACAGUGGAUGUUGUUCUGUGUGAAUUGAUUCAAAGUUGGUGAAUGUUUCUGCUUUUAUUUUCUCGGGUCCGAGGGGGUUGGCGGCGCCGGUGGGGGAGGGGCAGCAGGUUGGGACGUUAGCUCACGGAUUUGCUAGCAUGGAGCUGCUAGUUUAUCCUCAUUUACGUGUAAACGUGUUCUCUCAAAAGUAUUUAUGCCUCGUUUUCCUGGUUUAUGUUCUCAUUAGUUUCUAUUUUUCUUUAUGUAUUUUUUAAAAAUCUUUUCUCUUUUUCGUUAAAUCCCUUUUGCUGAUAUUUUAUUUUAAAUGCAGAUUUUUUCAAAAGGUUCAAAGGAAUCGUUUGGCGAGGAUUAGCUUUGUUAUAAACAGAGUUUAAAGUGUUUCGUAGACUUAAAAUCAGCCUCAGAAACACUUAUGCUAGUCUAGCAAGGUGUUAGCCUAGCGAGGUGUUAGCCUAGUGAGGUGUUAGCCUAGCGAGGUGUUAGCCUAGUGAGGUGUUAGCCUCGUGAGUGGUUAGCCUAGCGAGGUGUUAGCCUAGUGAGGUUCUAGCCUAGCGAGGUGUUAGCCUAGUGAGGUGUUAGCGUCAUCUUCCUUAACUGGUCGUAUUCAGUGCAGAGAUUAACGCCGGCUGCUGCUGAAGGCGGUUCUUCAUCACAGGAUUCAGAGCCGGUUCAGUAUUUGACCUCUCGGGGUUGUUCCGCCGCACGCCGUGCUCUGGCUGUAAGCUAGCGCCCCCCGCCAGCGCGCUGAGCUCCGUCUGAACCUGCUGCUCGGGCCCCCCCGGUCCCGUACCUCUGCAUGUCUGUGAGUGUUUGGGUGUCAUGAUCUGGUUACCGAAAGUGAGGCUUCAUUCGCUGAGGAGGGGGCGUGGCUUCUGAUUAGCGUUUACUGAUCAGACGGGCGGGACAGUGAGAGUUUAACGUAGCAUGGUUGGUUGAAAUCAACCAAAAAGGGGCAGAUUGGGCUUCAUGGUGGGGGCGUGGCCUGCGAGGCAGCAGCUCCGCCUUCUGUUUGAAAGACGGCUCCAGAACCGGCAUGUCGGGCUGCUGCGAGUUCUGCAGAGCGGCUGUUCUCCGGGUUCUGGUUCGGUCAUGUAGCAGGUCGGUGGUUCUGUCAGAACUGGGCCUCUCAGAGGCGCUGGGACUCCCCCAGACUGAACCGGACUGAACCGGACUCGGCUGCUGCUUCUUUUCAUGCCGAAAUCUUUGGUUUUUUUGCCACUAGGGGGCAGCGACACGCCCAGCUUUAUCAAAGACUUCAUGUUAUCAUUUUUAUUGACGCUCAUUUAUUUUAACAGAGGCGGGGGGUGAGGGGGCGGGGUCACGGACUGCUCUUUGAAUGUAGAGACGAGUUACAGACGUUUAUGUGGAGGCCGGACUUCUGGCUGAGGGGUGUGGCCUGACGGAUGCUCCGCCUCUUUCCUUUGCUUCUCCUUUACUCAUUUCUUGAAGUGCUUCUUCUCGUGCGUGUCCAGUCUUUGUGGGGGGGUGACGUAGUGCCUGUUGGUGGUCGUCGCAUUCGGACCUGUGUGGCGUCCUGCAGCGGGCUGCAGCUGCAUCCCCCCGGUGUCAGUUCUGACCCGCAGCCGGUCUGAGCAGAACUUCUUCAACAAUCCUGAGGCCUUACGAUGAAGAAGUAGUUUGGGGCGGGGGCGGCCUCGUGGGGGUGUUCACACUCCCGUCUCCGUGCAAUAAUCAACCGGUUAAAAUGUGCCAAUCCGACCCGGUUUGUUGCACAAUGAAACCCCCAGCAGGUUCUGAACGAGUUCUGGAUGCAGCUGCAGCCCGAACGCUCCUCCACUCCUGAAUGCAGUCCUCUGUGGCACGAUGACACGCCGGGGCGCCGGAACCGGCGCCGGGAUCUGCUUUCCUUUGCAGAAGCCCACAGCGGGGGGUGGGGGGGCUGAAGCCAAAUGUAAAAUAAAAACUAAAAAGCCUUAAAUGAAUAAAAGUGGUGCACUUUUGUAACAGAA